AUGAAUAGUGACUACUCGCUGAUGAUGCGGAAUGAUCGGCAAGGAGCAUUCGAUUAUGAAGUGAGAGCACCGGUAGUUGAUCUCACCGUUAUUGUGACAGCAUACUACAAUAAAUACUUAAACGCAUCACACAAAGAGACAGCAACCGAAACACACAUCAUCAUAAAAAAUCUGAAGCAUAUUAGAAACGGAGAGCAAAUCGAUCUUACUUGGGAUGUGGAAGGUGCACUGCCUUAUGAAGAGUUGGAGUAUGUCGUCAGUUCCCCUGCGGAAAAACCUCCCGCUGCUGGAGUUGGGAAAUCUUUGAAAUAUCGUCAGGUCUAG